CCGCAGGCUUCACUAUCGCCUCUGUGGUGUUGACGGAAACUAUUCAUGCAGCCUACUUUGUCAGCGAGCACGGACAUAACAUACAUUUAGUCAUCGGGCACGAAGAGCCUGUAGCCUAUUCAUCGAUCUAAUCGUAUUGUGCAUUAUAGUUAAAUGUUCUAACUUUACUCACGUAGAAUAGACUCGGCAACAUCAAGCCACAUCAAGGCACUUGUUGAUUUGAAAGGCUUCCUCACAGCCGUCUGCUGCUUGGGAGUACUACUUAGUUUUUUGGGGGGUGACCUGCGGCUUCAGAUGAAUUGGAGUCCAUUGGGAGGUUGUCAUUAGUUUACCCAGGUUGUGUGUUACAGAGGCGGCUACAGAUGGCUAUGAUCCUCGGCUUUUAAGAGGUGGACAGCCCGGCAGCGUCCUUCAGGAACGUCAACAUCCUCACUAUCAGCUACCGAGGGAGGGGGCAUGGGCAACCAGGUGGAUAAAAUGAAACUGUCACAUCUAAGUUACGCAGAAGUUCCCACAGUGGACCCCAACGGGCUGGACACUGAGGAGGGUCCUCGGAUCGGAGUGUCAUAUAUUUUCUCAACAGAUGAUGAGGAACAGGAGGGUGAAAACAGUAACGUAGACGGAGCGGAUAAGGAGCACCACACUGGUACGGAACAGAAACACUACGACAAGCGCAACGAGGUGGAUUGCGCUGUUUACCACCGGGAGGAAUGUAUUUAUGAGAAGAGCGUCAAGACCGCGGGCAUGGAAAUAUACUCCCCCGAGAAUCUACUACACAAAUGCAAGGCAGGUGACCUGGUGGAGUUUGUAACCACGGGACAGUACCCCCACUGGGCGGUGUAUGUCGGUGACUUCCAGGUGGUGCACCUGCACAGAGCAGAGAUAAAGAACAGCUUCCUGACAGACGCCAGCCAGGGAAGGAGAUGUAGGAUAGUCAACGAGCUGUAUAAAUUCAAAGCCCUCCGCGCCGAGAUGGUGGUUCAGAACGCUAUGGAACAGGUAGGAGCUAAAGACAGAGAGUUGAGCUGGAGAAAUUCAGAGUGCUUUGCCGCUUGGUGCAGGUUUGGCAAACGGGAGUUCAAAAUGGGCGGGGAGAUCCGGAUAGGAAAACAGCCAUACAGGUUAAAGAUCCUGAUGUCAGAAAAACAGUCUCACAUGCUGGAGUUCCAGUCUUUAGAGGACUUGGUCAUGGAGAAGAGGAGACACGACCAGGUGGGAAGGACAUCAGUGGUCCAGGAGCUGGCCAAUCAUUUGAACAGUGUGGAAGAGAUCAAAAGGAAUCCACUCAGUGAUCCAAUAACUGCACAGAUUGCUCAGUGAUCUGAUGGAUCUAAGAUGAUGCUGUCCUUUUCCUAACUAAUCAAUACAUGUUGAUGAAUUUAAUCAAAUGGCACAUUGUCUGUUUUUUGAUGAGUAGAAUCAAAUGGCACAUUCUGUUAUUUGAUGAAUAGAAUCAAAUGGCACAUUCUGUUAUUUGAUGAAUAGAAUCAAAUGGCACAUUCUGUUUUUUGAUGAAUAGAAUCAAA